AUGCUUGCCCGCGCACCCCGCGCACAACUCGCCUCGGUCGUCAAGCCGCACCGGCCAGCACCGCGACAGCUCAGCAGCUCGGCACGGUCCAUGGCGGGCUUCACCUGCUCGGUCGAGUCGCGCGCCGUCGUCUUUGCCGAGCACGGCGACCCGGCCAAGGUCCUCCAGACGCACAAGUUCCGCCUCCCCAAGCUGAGCAAGGGCGAGGUCCGCUUGCGGUUCGAGCUGGGUGCCGUCAACCCCGCCGACAUCAACGUCAUCCAAGGCGUGUACCCGUCCAAGCCGCAGGUGCGCAAGGACCUCGGACCCGAGCCGGUCAGCAUCAUGGGCAACGAGGGCGUCGCGACGGUCGAGGGCUUUGUCGAGGACGGCGAGGUCGAGCACAAGCUCAAGCUUGGCGACAGGGUCGUCAUGGGCGCUCCGCAACUCGGUACCUGGGCAUCCCGGGCCAACAUUCCUGCAUCCUCCCUCAUCGCCCUCCCAUCGUCGCACCCGCUCACCCUGCGCCAGGCCGGCACCCUCGCCAUCAACCCGCCGACGGCGUGGCGCAUGCUGAGCGACUUUGUGCCGCUCAACCCGGUCGAGGGCGCGCCGAAACACGCCAAGAAGCAGUGGGUCAUCCAAAACGGCGCCAACAGUGCUGUCGGCGUCGCCGUCAUCCAGCUCGCCAAGGCGUGGGGCGUCGGCACGAUCAACCUCGUCCGGGACCGACCCUCGAUCGACGCGCUCAAGGACUCGCUGCACGCCCUCGGCGCCGACCACGUCUUGACGUACGACGAGUUCCUCUCGAGGGACAGCAACACGCGCGCCAAGGUCAAGGAGUGGGUCGGCGACGAGGGCGAGCUCAGCCUCGCGCUCAAUUGCGUCGGCGGCAAGGAGACGGCAGAGAUGGCCAAGCUUCUGAAGGUUGGCGGGCAACUCGUGACCUACGGCGGCAUGGCCAAGCAAGCCCUUGCGCUCCCGCCCUCGCUCUUCAUCUUCAAAAAGCUCGUCUCCACGGGCUUCUGGCUCUCGAACUGGACACAGACGCACCCGGCCGAGCGCGCGACCAUGAUGCAGCGCAUCGCCGCGCUCGUGAGCGACGGCACGCUGCGCGAGCCCGAGACCGAGGUCGUCGAGCUCGGCGGCGCCGACGACGAGGUCGUCAAGGUGCUUGGCGAGGUCAUGACGCGGGUUCAGGAGGGAAGGGGCAAGAAGGUGCUCCUGCACUGGAAGGAGGAGCAGGCCUGA